CUUAGGUCAUGGAUCUCGCAGUCCCAAAAAGAGUUAGCAAUGUCUAUCCUCAUCGGGGCUCCAGGAGGGCCGGCGGGAUAUCUGCGACGCGCCAGCGUGGCCCAGCUGACCCAGGAGCUGGGCACGGCCUUCUUCCAGAAGCAGCAGCUGUCUGCCGCCAUGGCAGACACCUUCCUGGAACAUCUCUGCCUGCUGGAUAUUGACUCCGAGCCUGUGGCUGCUCGAAGCACCAGCAUCAUUGCCACCAUCGGGCCCGCAUCUCGCUCAGUGGAGCGCCUCAAGGAGAUGAUCAAGGCCGGGAUGAACAUUGCAAGACUCAACUUCUCCCAUGGCUCCCACGAGUACCACGCCGAGUCCAUCGCCAACAUCCGGGAGGCAGUGGAGAGCUUUGCAACUUCCCCGCUCAGCUACCGGCCAGUGGCCAUCGCUCUGGACACCAAGGGACCGGAGAUACGCACUGGAAUCCUGCAGGGGGGUCCGCAGUGCGAAGUGGAGAUAGUGAAGGGCUCCCAAGUGCUGGUGACUGUGGACCCGGCAUUCCGGACGCGGGGGGACGCGAACACCGUGUGGGUGGACUACCCCAAUAUCCUCCGGGUCGUGCCGGUGGGGGGCCGCAUCUUCAUCGACGACGGACUCAUCUCCCUAGUGGUCCGGAACAUCGGCCCAGAGGGACUAGUAACCGAAGUGGAGAAUGGUGGCGUUCUGGGCAGCAGAAAGGGCGUAAACUUGCCAGGUGUCGAGGUUGACCUGCCUGGGCUGUCUGAGCAAGACGCCUUGGACCUGCGCUUCGGGGUGGAGCAUGGUGUGGACAUCGUCUUUGCCUCCUUUGUUCGGAAAGCUAGCGAUGUGACCGCAGUUCGGGCUGCCCUGGGGCCGGAGGGACAGAGCAUCAAAAUCAUCAGCAAAAUCGAGAACCACGAAGGCGUGAAGAAGUUUGAUGAAAUCCUGGAGGUGAGCGAUGGUAUCAUGGUAGCACGGGGAGACCUGGGCAUCGAAAUCCCAGCUGAGAAGGUUUUCCUGGCUCAGAAGAUGAUGAUUGGGCGGUGCAACUUGGCAGGCAAGCCCGUCGUCUGCGCCACUCAGAUGCUGGAGAGCAUGAUUACUAAGCCCCGGCCAACACGGGCCGAGACCAGCGAUGUGGCCAAUGCUGUACUGGAUGGGGCAGACUGCAUCAUGCUGUCAGGGGAGACUGCCAAAGGCCACUUCCCCGUGGAGGCCGUAAAGAUGCAGCACGCGAUUGCACGGGAGGCCGAGGCCGCGGUGUACCACCGGCAGUUGUUUGAGGAGCUGCGCAGGGCAGCACCACUGAGCCGGGACCCCACUGAGGUGACUGCCAUCGGGGCUGUGGAGGCCGCUUUCAAGUGCUGUGCUGCUGCCAUCAUCGUUCUGACCACUACUGGCCGCUCGGCCCAGCUUCUGUCUCGGUACCGACCUCGAGCCCCAGUCAUUGCUGUCACCCGCUCCGCCCAGGCUGCCCGCCAGGUCAACCUAUGCCGGGGAGUCUUCCCCUUGCUCUACAGAGAACCUCCAGAGGCCAUCUGGGCAGACGAUGUGGAUCGCCGGGUCCAAUUUGGCAUUCAGAGUGGAAAGCUCCGUGGUUUUCUCCGUACUGGGGACCUGGUGAUUGUGGUGACAGGCUGGCGACCUGGCUCUGGCUAUACCAACAUCAUGCGAGUGCUGAGCAUAUCCUGAGACGCUCCUUCCCGCUCCGAUCCAGUCCAACCCUUCCUCCCGACACUGCUCCCUCCAACCCACAACCCAUCCACGGCCUCAUUUCCCAGUCUCUCUACGCCCAUAUCCCUAUCCAAGAUCACAUCUGCCAUCUAGCCCGAUUGCGGGGUGCCCCCGCCUGCAUUUCAGACAGGCCCUGAAAAUCUGUGUCCAAUUAUGCACUGGCCACCCAGCAGCACCAAUUGUAUAUUCCCCACAUCCAAUCUGCUCAGCCAGGCUCUAAGAUGCCCUGAGCCUUUAAACCCAGCUUGGCUGCUUAA